UAUACAAGUUUUUCUCGCUGUCAAAAUCGAAAGAUGGCGUCGUCCCCGACUAAAACUUCGACGCUGAAGAAGGAGAAAAAAGACGAGUCUUUCCUCGAAAAAGUCACAACACUCGGCAGGAGGAAAAAGAUUAAAGAUCUCAAAGAAGUGAAUGACCUUAACAUUGAUGGCAAGAAUGCCCUGGAAGCACCAACCAGCCCGGUGGAGCUCACCCCUGACAACUUUGUCCUUGAAAAUGGAGAGGAGAGGUCGAUGAUUGAGCCAGAUUCAAGAGAGGAUGCCAAACUCAAGGAGCUCAUUCAGGUUCUGAUGGAUUGGAUCAAUGAGGAGAUGAAGGAGCAGAGGGUCAUCGUCCGGGAUCUAGAGGAGGACCUGUAUGAUGGUCAGAUUCUUGGAAACCUCAUAGAGAAACUAGCAGGAAUCAGACUUGAGGUGCGGGAGGUGAUGCAGUCGGAGGUCUUCCAGAAGCAGAAGCUACAGGUGGUGCUGGACACGGUCAACAAAAUCAUGAAUCUUCCCCGAUGGAACCAACAGAAGUGGAGUGUAGACGGUAUUCAUUCAAAGAACCUCAUAGCAAUCCUUCAUCUCCUGGUGGCACUAGCGUUUCACUUCAAGGCACCAAUUAGAAUUCCUGAAUAUGUAUCAGCGAAAGUUGUCGUCGUUCAGAAAAAAGAUAACUUGUUGGUCACCAACAGGGUCACAGAAGAAAUCACGACAACGAACGAGGCAAUUGGAGGAAGAUUUGAGAGGGAUGCGUUCGACACCCUGUUCGACCACGCGCCAGAUAAACUUAAUGUAGUAAAGAAGUCUCUCAUCAGUUUUGCCAAUAAACACCUCAACAAGAUCAACCUGGAGGUAACGGAUCUUGACAAUCAGUUUCACGAUGGAGUCUACUUCAUCUUGUUAAUGGGCCUCCUAGAAGGCUACUAUGUACCCCUCUACCACUACCAUGUUACGCCAACACUCUUUGAAGAAAAGGUUCACAAUGUAUCAUUUGCCCUCGACCUCAUGGAUGACGCUGGACUACCGAAAGCGAAAGCAAGAGCAGAGGACGUAGUCAACCUGGAUCUGAAGUCAACAAUGCGAGUCCUGUACAACAUAUUCACCAAGUACAAGCAUCUGACAUAGGGCAGGACGAGGGCGCUCUCUCUCCUUAGCAACAAUGACAACUCACUCUUGCCUGACACUAGAGGGCGACUGCCAUUACUGUAAAGUACAACAUUAUUAUCAUUUUGUAUAAAACAACUGUUAAGUCAAUCCUGUAUUUAGUAUUGUACCUUGGGUAUUAUUUUUCUAGCCGUUAGCAAUCUUAUUUAAAUAUACUAAUAAAAAGAUAAAAAUUUGAGUUUUUUCAUGUUAAAAGAAAAUUGUAAAAAAAAAAAGUAGUAAUUGCUAACACACAGCUAGCACAACAUGAUGAACAUAGUUUUUUUAAUAAUAUUUCAAGAAAAAAAUGUGGAUUUUGUUCUACUUGGAAUUUUAGUUUAAUACAUUUAUAGACAUUACGCAGCUGUUUCUAGCCCACCCCUAAACGUCAGUUUUUGUUUGAUCUCAACCCUACUU